GGAAUUUGUGAUAACAGUGCAACAGGAGGAGGAGAUGGAGUUCUAUGGAGGAAUGAUAAAAGCACCAAAGGUUCUUGCAGACAUUGUGGAGUCGGUAAUGGGGGCUGUAUAUUUGGAUUGUGGCUUUGAUGUGAAUGCUGUCUGGGUGAGUAGAGAAAGAGAUAGGUCCUGCUCAUGAUAGGAGGUUUAUAUGCUCUGUGCAAAUUAUAAUUGCUGAAGGCAUGCUUUUUGUGAUGGGGGAUGAAAAGUCAGGAGUAAAAGAUGCAGAGAAUUCUGCAGCUUUAGCAACUAUCCGGAGUUUGCAGGAAUCAAAGUUCAGUUGAUUUAUACAUAGUUCCACAUUCCAAUUCCAGGAUGAAGCAGGUAGCAGGGUUCGUUUCAACUUGGAAAUAUAUCUUACUCAGUUUGGGAACAGAAGAAAGAGGAGAGAAAAUAAAGUAGGUAAAGCGAAAGGAAGAAAAAGAUAAAAGCAUUCGAUUAAGGCUUUAGAAUGGCAAACUUACCUCAGUCUCUCUCAGUCGGUGUCAGCAGUUUCAGAGGAAGAGGUGGUAUGUCAUCAUCGUCUUCUAGUGCCGGAGCACCGGUCAAUAAGGAUCGCAAAAUGCAAUCUGCUGAACAACUUGUGCUUGAUCUCUCCAAUCCUAAUCUUCGUGAAAAUGCUCUUCUAGAACUUUCCAAGAAGAGGGAACUUUUCCAGGAUUUGCCCCCCUUAUUAUGGCACUCGUUUGGUACUAUCUCUGUAUUUCUACAGGAGAUAGUUUCUAUCUACCCUGUUUUGUCACCGCCAAACCUGACUCUUGCACAAUCCAAUAGAGUUUGUAAUGUACUAGCACUUCUUCAGUGUGUAGCCUCUCACCCUGACACCAGAUUGUUGUUACUCAAUGCAUAUAUUCCUUUGUAUCUGUACCCCUUUCUUAAUACAACAAGCAAGUCAACACCAUUUGAAUAUUUGAGGCUUACAAGCUUAGGUGUUAUUGGUGCCCUUGUGAAGGUAGACAACACUGAAGUUAUCAGUUUUCUUGUUUCGACAGAGAUAGUUCCUCGGUGCUUGUGCACGAUGGAGAUGGGGAGUGAACUAUCAAAAACAGUUGCAACUUUCAUUGUGGAAAAAAUCCUUCUAGAUGAUGUGGGUCUGAAUUACAUCUGUACCACAUCGGAUAGGUUUUUUGAACUAGCUCAAGUUUUAGGGAAUAUGGUCGGUGCACUUGCUGAGCAGCCUUCAUCAAGAUUGCUGAAACACAUAAUCAGGUGCUAUCUUCGUUUAUCAGAUGAGCCAAGGGCUUGUCAGGCACUGAAAAUUUGUCUUCCUGAUAUGCUUAGAGAUGACACCUUCAGCAGUUGUCUUCGUGAGGAUCCAAUAAUGAGAAGGUGGCUGCAACAAUUGCUCCUUAACGUUAAUGGGAAUCGGGUUGCUCUACAAGCUGGAGGAUUUGAUCAUAUGCCGUGAACUGGAUUCAUACAAAUGGGACUUAAAUUAUGGGUGCAUUUUUAGGAAUGCAUUUCUGUACUCAUUGGGCGUGGAAUUUGAUGGAGUAUUUAAGGUGCAUACUUGGGAAUGCAUUUCUGCACUCAUAUUUAUUUAUGUAGUGCAUUAUGUGAAUUGUUAUGAAGAUUAUUAUUAGGAGAUUAAGACUAUUAUUGAACCUUUAUUAAGCCUGUCUAUUUAGUUUUUUCACUCGGUAUCUAAAUUCAGAUUCGUGCGAUUUUGAGCCUUUCUGGUUAAGUACGCAAGAAUACUUAUCAUUGUGUGUGUUUGGAAUGAAAGA